AUGUCUCUUCCUUUUGCGAUCGUAGUCUUGGCUGUGUGUUCGACAGUGUACGGAAAUCCCCAAGGGUGUACCUACGAUUCUUCACAGCUCCUGCACACGUGCAAUGCCAGAGCUUGGUCCCUUCCACUGGCCUUUGGUACAUUCACACCUCAGCCUCAAAGGAUCCUAUUGAGGGAAGUGGAUGGAGAGCUUCCGAAUGGCACUCCAAGCGGGCCUACGUUCUCUGGAUUCUCCUCCAUAAAUACGGCAAGUUUUGAUUCUAAUUACGCCCCAGAACUCAUCAUUAGAUGCACUUCCAACGGACAACUUAUCAUCACCCAAGCUGCUUUUGCUGACAUGGGAUGGGUAGAGGAACUGACCAUUGAAGACUGUGAUAUUCUCUCACUUCCUGUUCAAGUAUUCAAAAACUUUGGGGACUUGAACCGAUUUUCCAUCAUUGGUGGGUCUGUCGAUGCCAUGGUUGGAGACAGUUUCACAGGAAUGAAUGUUGAUAAAAUGAGUACGGUCCCUGACCCUCGAGGAGAGUUUGUGGUCAAGAACAGCCGCCUGGUGUCCGGAGGAUUUGCUUUUGGCGCUCUUUUCUCGCAGGCUAAUGCUACGCGCAUCAUCAUUGAAAACGCCAAUCUAAAGUCGGUCCAGACUGAUAUGUUUUACGCUCUUCAGAAGAUGACUUACUUGUCUUUGAGUAACAACCCAUUUACAUACCUUCCAACGGACCUAUUCAAAGGAAUCAACUCACUGACAACUGUGGAACUUUAUGGCAUAUCCUGGGCAUGUACUUGUACCAACAUUUGGCCCCCAGAGUGGUUAGCAAGCAACAACAUCACGAUGAACGGAGAUGCCGUCUGUGGGUCCCCAACUGCCUACGAAAAUGUAAAAAUGUCCUAUUAUGAGAAGGAACAAUGUCCGCAAGAUGACGCCUGUGCGAAAGCUGGACAAACAGGAUUUGUUGUUGGGAGCAUUUGUAUGACAAUUUUGGACAUCGUUAACUACGCCCUGCUGCUAACCACGUUCAUACUAUCUCUAGUGGCCUUGGGACUGGUCAUCCACACCAAGCGACAAGUAGGUAGCGCCAAGGACUCCAAACAGAAAGGCAAACCGGCCGCCAAGGGAUCGGCGCUCAGGCGUUCAAGUGCCAGCUGGAAUAAAGUCGAAGAUGCUCAAAGCGUUCAGUCUUAAACAUUAGAGCGUCUCUUUAUGUUAUGAUUUAAUUUUUAUUUUUUGCCCAGAGUGCGGGUGGUUUGUAAGCCUGUUUGGCGUCUUUGGUCCGCAGUACUUCGUUUCUU